AUGAUCAUUACUAGAGAUGAUGUUGAUGGUAUCUUUGAUCUCAAAGUCUCCCUUCACCAUACUUUUGAGAUGAAAGAUAUUGGUUCUCUCAGUUAUUUUCUUGGUCUUGAGGUCAUAUUCAUAGAUGAUGGUAUCUAUCUCUCUCAAGCUAAGUAUGCUUCAAAUCUUCUUACUAGUGCCAGGAUUACAGAUAGUCAUACUGAGUCUACUCCCCUUGAGCCUAAUGUUCAAUAUACACCUAUGGAUGGCACUGUUUUGGAUAAAUCCUACUCUUUAUCGACAGCGUACUCAGAUGCUGAUUGGGCUGGUGAUCCCACUGAUUGUCAUUCUACUACUUGUUAUUGUUUGUUUCUUGGCGAUGCUCUCAUUUCUUGGAGAGCUAAGGAGCAAACAUUCACUGCUCGAUCAAGCACAGAAUCUGAAUACCGUGCUCUCGCUAACACCACUGCUGAGGUUGUCUCGAUUCGUUGGCUUCUCGCAGACUUGGGUGCUCCUCAGUCAUCUCCAAUUGAUUUUUUUGUGGACAAAUCCUAA